UAAUAACAAUUUAAUAUCUUUAGCCUUCACCUAGUGGACAUGGUCUUAGCCCAGUGCAUUGAUGAGGUUAAGAGUCACGAGAUAUUUAACAUAAAUUACCUAGUUUAGUUAUUACAACCCUACAAGGUGAAUAUUAUUUCUCCACUCUAUAGAUGAUGGGAGCUGGUGAUUCAGUGGAGGUUACUAGCUUUUCUAAGGCUAUACAACUGGUAAUGGUGGAUCUGGAAAUUGAGUGCUGGUCUGUGAAAAUCCAAAGGUUAUCUUCUUAAUCCCAGUACAGCUUCAUAGGUAUCUCCCAACAAGAUCAGCAUCCCAGCUGGGUGGGGGAUAAAAUACAGGGUCAUGAGUUUCCUCUAGCAGAAGGAUUGUUGCCAAUGGUUACCCCUUAGAUUGCAUCACUUUCAGUGUUGCCAAGUGCUGAGGCAGGAAUUACGUAUGACAAAGUUUUAUCGUCAGUGUUGGACACAAAAGAGCCAAGGAGGGGAAGGGACAAUUACUCUCUGCUUUUCUUAAUGAGGCUCUCAGGGAAUAUGACCCUAGUGGCCAUGGAGGCUCCUGUAAAGAGCUUGCCCUGUGAUUCUUCCAAACAUCCUUCCUGCAUCAAGGGCUGAGUCUGUGCAGCCCAGCUCCUGAUUCAUGAGAUACUCAGCCUCAAAGCUCCAGUGACGAGUCACCCUCCCUCAGACAAAUAACCUCUGGCCAGGUCUGAAAAAGGGAAGCCAACCCAGGACUUCAGGAGACAGUGAGGACUGCUGCUCUUUCUGGGUAAGAGUCAGAUCAUUGGCCUGGUGUGGUGGCUCACGCCUGUAAUCCCAGCACCUUGGGAGGCCAAGGCGGGCGGAUCACGAGGUCAAGAGAUAGAGACCAUCAUGGCCAACAUGGUGAAACCCUGUCUCUACUAAAAAUACAAAAAUUAGCUGGGUGUGGUGGCACGUGCCUAUAAUCCCAGCUACUUGGGAGGCUGAAGCAGGAGAAUCACUUGAACUAGGGAGAUGAAGGUUGCAGCGAGCCAAGAUCUCGCCACUGCACUCUAGCCUGGCGACAGAGCGAGACUCCGUUUAAAAAAAGAAAAAAAAAGAGUCACAUCAGUGGGACUUCACUGAUAACUGCUUGUCAGGACUUAAAGCCUCAGAGGGACCCUCCUUCCUUUCAAUUAUGUGGAGCCAGAAAAACAGUCCUGAGCUCAGCAGCAGUCCCUUGCAAUCACCCAGUCAGGACCAGCCUCUGUCCCGUCUGUCUGACAUCCUGAACUGUGGGGAACAAAAACUGACUGAGUUUCUGCCCAGACCUCUGGGUUGUUCCAUUUUAAUUUUACAAAUUGGACUCAGGGAGCUCCGUGGAUAUAGCCAAGAAGGCCUGGCUCAGACUUCUGUAAACCUGAGCCCUGAACAUAGCAGUAGCAGCCCCAGCAGGGUUGACAGUAUUAUCAUUUACAUCCUGCAAGCAAAAUUCUACUGCCAUUCCUGUGCCCCAUCUUAACCAGCAUUUUCCAAGCUUUUGCAUUUCGUCUUCUUUGUCUGCCUCUGUGUCCAGGAUCCCAGGCCCAUGAGCGGGACAAACCAGUCCAGUGUCUCCGAGUUCCUCCUCCUGGGACUCUCCAGGCAGCCCCAGCAGCAGCAUCUCCUCUUUGUGUUCUUCCUCAGCAUGUACCUGGCCACUGUCCUGGGGAACCUGCUCAUCAUCCUGGCCGUAAGCAUAGACUCCCGCCUGCACACCCCCAUGUACUUCUUCCUCAGCAACCUGUCCUUUGUGGACAUCUGCUUCUCCUCCACCACCGUCCCCAAGAUGCUGGCCAAUCACAUACUCGGGACUCAGACCAUCUCCUUCUGUGGCUGUUUCACACAGAUGUAUUUCGUUUUCAUGUUCGUGGACAUGGACAAUUUCCUCCUAGCUGUGAUGGCCUAUGACCGCUUUGUCGCCGUGUGCCACCCCUUACAUUACACAGCAAAGAUGACCCAUCAGCUCUGUGCCCUGCUGGUUGCUGGAUUAUGGGUGGUUGCCAACCUGAAUGUCCUUCUGCACACCCUGCUGAUGGCUCGACUCUCAUUCUGUGCAGACAAUGCCAUCCCUCACUUCUUCUGCGAUGUGACUCCCCUACUGAAACUCUCCUGCUCAGACACACACCUCAAUGAGGUCAUAAUCCUUAGUGAGGGUGCCCUGGUCAUGAUCACCCCAUUUCUUUGCAUCCUGGCUUCUUAUAUGCACAUCACCUGCACUGUCCUGAGGGUCCCAUCCACAAAGGGAAGGUGGAAAGCCUUCUCCACCUGUGGCUCUCACCUGGCUGUGGUUCUACUCUUCUAUGGCACCAUCAUUGCUGUGUAUUUUAACCCUCUGUCCUCCCACUCAGCAGAGAAAGACACUACGGCUACUGUGUUGUAUACAGUAGUGACUCCCAUGCUAAACCCUUUCAUCUACAGCCUGAGGAACAGGUACUUGAAAGGGGCUCUGAAAAAAGUAGUUGGCAGGGUGGUGGUUUCUGUCUGAUGAAAUAAUCAAGACUGAAUCUCAUUCCCAAGGAAAUUUAUUUUUCACCAAUUGAGUUUAAUGCAGUAGUUGUUUCAUUAAAUGAUG